AUGGAAGCCACCAACGAGACAUGGGAAGCGGAGUUUUUCCUGGUGGGGUUCCCAGAUCUCGAGCGCUUUCACCUCCUGCUCUUUAGCCUCCUGUUGUUCACCUACUUACUCAUUCUUGGUGGCAAUGCUGUCAUUCUGAUGCUUAUCCGGGCCAACCCGCAUCUUCAUGUCCCCAUGUAUUAUUUUGUGGCCAUCCUGUCUUUCUUGGAGGUGUGGUACACCACAGUGACCAUCCCCAAGAUGCUGGCCAACCUCCUGGACAGCAGGAAGACCAUCUCCUACAGGGGUUGCCUCCUGCAGGUGUAUUUCUUCCACGCCUUGGGCAUUACGGAGGCCUGUUUGCUCACGGCAAUGGCCUACGACCGAUACUUGGCCAUCUGCAAGCCUUUGCACUACCCAUCUGCCAUGACCCCCAAGAUUUGCCUGUGGCUAGUGGCAGGGUGCUGGGCGUGUGGCUUCAUGUGGCCCGUGCCAGAAAUCAUCCUGCUCUCCACAUUGUCCCUCUGCGGGGCGCACCGCAUAGAGCACCUCUUCUGCGACUUCCCCUCGCUGCUCAGCUUGGGCUGUGCUGAUGUGUCCACCAGCACCACCAUAGACUUCACCCUCCACUCCUUCGUCAUCCUCGGCCCCGCCACCCUCAUCCUCUUCUCUUACGUGAAGAUCUUGAGUGUCGUCAUCAAGAUCCAGGGUUCGGAAGGGCGGCAAAAGGCCUUCUCCACUUGCGCCUCUCACCUGACCGUGGUCCUGGCCUUUUUCAGCGCCAUUGGUUUUAUGUACAUGCGCCCGGCACGAAGCCGGCCUUCAUACCACGACAAGGUGGUGGCGGUGGUCUAUGCGGUUCUAACCCCCCUCUUCAACCCACUGAUUUACAGCUUGAGGAACAAAGAUAUUCAGGAAGCACUUGGCAAUCUCAUGAAACCCCACCUCGGAACUCCCACGGAAUUGGUUGCCAAGGCCCGGGAGUUGUUGGUCCAGUCCUUAGCGUUGGCUGAAGUAGCAGCCAGCCCACGGGCCGUGUCCCUUGUCAGCCUGCUCCAAGGCGCCACCUUCAUGGAACAGAAACCUGCUCCUUCUCUGAAUUGUCUUAUGAACACGGGCUUUACCGACAGGCACCUGACCCUAGCCGUGGCCUUUACCACCCACCUGUCCCCGUCAGCGGAUCCCGGCCUUGUUAACAAGCAGGUGAAUCUGGCUCAAGGGGAGAAGCGGAUGAAACGAACAGGCAUGUACGACUCACCAAACCAGGGCAGGCCCAGGUUUCUGUCUAACCGGCUCUCCUAUCCCCUGUUCUCAUCCCCCAUCCCCAGCGCAGCACCUCAGAGCCUCCAGCCACUGACUGGAACCUCGUCCCGUCAGGCCGGGGAGCUGCAGGUCCCCGUGGAGUGA